CAAGCAUUCACUGCUUCGUUCAAGACUUGGCGGCCUCUCUCUCUAUAUAUGAUUUAUUGAUUUGUACAUUUCUUAUUAUCAACUUGGUUAUCAUGAUUCAAUUAUUUUAUUUCUUCUUCAAUUGGAAUCUUUCAAUCAAUUUCUUCUACAUCUGUUAUUUUCUUGCAAAAGUUGCAGUUUGGGAUCCAAUUAAAGAGCUUGAGCCUUGAGGGGUUAAAGAGGAGGCUGGUUCGUAUAAGUUCACAGGCAGAAUUCUCUGUUUAUCGCUGGAAACGCUUUUGAUAUAAUGAUCUCUAAUCAGAAAUGGAAGUGUUCAUGGUCUCUGACAGCUUCAAUUGCUUCUGUAGUGGCAUUGAUUUCGAUAGUUCAUAUUUUUUUGUUUCCUGUGGUGCCUUCCUUUGAUUACUUCAGUGUCCGGCAAGUUCAGAGUUCUUGUACUCCUAUUAAUGGAUCAGAUGGAGGAAGGAAUGAUCAUGAUUCGGAAAAUUUACAGCCCAGUUUUACUUUAGACCUUAGGUUUCCAGCUGACUCACAUAGGGCUGUGGUUUAUCGCAAUGCACCAUGGAAGGCUGAGAUUGGGCAGUGGCUUUCUGGUUGUGAUUCAAUUACUAAAGAAGUCAACAUUACAGAGAUAAUAGGUGGUACAAGCUGCAAAAAUGACUGCAGUGGUCAAGGUGUUUGUAACCAUGAAUUCGGGAAAUGCCGGUGCUUUCAUGGAUUUAGUGGAGAAGGAUGCUCUGAGAGAUUGCACUUGGAAUGUAACUAUCCCAAAACACCAGAGCUACCAUAUGGGCGGUGGGUUGUCUCUAUUUGCCCUGCUUAUUGUGACACAACAAGGGCAAUGUGUUUCUGUGGAGAAGGGACAAAAUAUCCUAAUCGUCCUGUUGCAGAGGCUUGUGGGUUUCAAAUAAACUCACCUUCUGAACCUGGUUCUCCGAAAUUGACUGACUGGGCAAAACAUGAUCUGGACAAUAUUUUUACAACAAAUGGAAGCAAACCAGGAUGGUGUAAUGUGGACCCAGGGGAAGCAUAUGCUUCCAAGGUGAAAUUCAAAGAGGAAUGUGACUGCAAAUAUGAUUGUCUUUUUGGGCAGUUCUGUGAAGUGCCUGUGCAAUGUGUUUGUAUUAAUCAAUGCUCUGGACAUGGACAUUGCCGUGGUGGAUUUUGUCAGUGUGACAAUGGCUGGUAUGGAGCUGACUGCAGUAUUCCAUCUGUUUUAUCAUCAGUAAAUGAGUGGCCUAAAUGGCUUAGACCUGCUCAGCUUGAUGUUCCUGAUAAUGCACACCUCACCCGUAAACUUGUCAAUCUCAAUGCUGUGGUCAAGAAGAAAAGGCCUCUUAUAUAUGUUUAUGAUUUACCACCUGAGUUCAACAGUUUACUUCUUGAGGGGCGACAUUUUAAGUUCGAAUGCGUAAACAGAAUCUAUGAUGAAAAGAAUGCAACAUAUUGGACUGAUCAGUUGUACGGUGCACAGAUGGCACUCUAUGAAAGUAUUUUAGCUAGUCCAUGCCGAACAUUAAAUGGUGAAGAAGCUGACUUUUUCUUUGUUCCUGUUCUUGAUUCAUGCAUCAUAACGCGUGCAGAUGAUGCACCCCACUUGACUAUGCAGGAACAUUUGGGUUUGAGGAGUUCUCUCACUUUGGAAUAUUACAGGAAGGCACAUGAUCACAUUGUCGAGCAUCAUCCAUAUUGGAACCGCUCAUCAGGAAGGGACCAUAUUUGGUUCUUUUCAUGGGAUGAAGGUGCUUGCUAUGCCCCUAAGGAGAUAUGGAACAGCAUGAUGUUGGUUCAUUGGGGUAAUACAAAUUCAAAGCAUAACCAUUCUACAACAGCCUAUUGGGCAGAUAACUGGGAUAAUAUUUCUUCUGACAAAAGAGGCAAGCAUCCAUGCUUUGAUCCUGAUAAAGAUCUUGUGCUUCCUGCUUGGAAACGCCCUGAUAUCAGUGCUUUGAGCUCCAAACUUUGGGCUAGGCCCCUUGAUGAGCGGAAGACAUUAUUCUACUUCAAUGGAAAUCUUGGACCGGCAUAUCCAAAUGGAAGACCAGAAGCUUCGUAUAGCAUGGGAAUCAGACAGAAACUAGCAGAAGAGUUUGGAUCAAGCCCUAACAAGCAUGGAAAGCUUGGGAAACAGCAUGCAGAAGAUGUAAUUGUGACCCCGGAGCGCACUGAAAACUAUCAUGGGGAAUUAGCCAGUUCUGUUUUUUGUGGAGUACUGCCUGGAGAUGGUUGGAGUGGUCGAAUGGAAGAUAGUAUUUUGCAAGGAUGCAUUCCUGUGGUCAUUCAGGAUGGGAUUUUCCUGCCAUAUGAGAAUGUGUUGAACUAUGAGAGCUUUGCUGUUAGAAUUCAUGAAGAUGAAAUUCCAAAUUUGAUAAAGAUUCUUCGGGGAUUCAAUGAUACAGAAAAAGAAUUCAAGUUAGCAAAUGUACAGAAAAUUUGGCAGCGGUUUUUGUACAGUGAUAAUGUGUUGCUUGAAGCUGAGAGACAAAAAGCAGCUUUUGGCCGUUCUGAUGAUUGGGCAGUUGAAUUCUUACAAUUGGUUGAAGAUGAUGUCUUCACCACAUUUGUACAGGUUCUGCACUACAAGCUGCACAACGACCCUUGGAGGAGACAACUCAGUCAUCUAAAGAAGGAUUUCGGGUUACCACAAGAAUGCUUAAGAACCAACUGAAGAGAUAAUAAGCAAAUCUGGAAAGAUUGCUGCAGCUGAUGGGUUCCUGAAGUGAAAAAGAGCGCAAAUGAAAAACUUUUCUGAAAAGGGUAUUGCUCUUAAAGCUACAACUUCCCCUUGUGCUUUCUUCCCCACCCCACCCCCUCCCCUCCCCCGCGCGCCUAUCAGAUCAUAUACAGGUAGAAAAAGUUCAAAGCUCUCACCUAGAAAAUUAAAAAAAAAAAAAAAAAAGCCUCUAAUGUACAUGAUUGAUGUACAUUUGCUCCAUUUUUUUCCAUAGAAGUUGCUUCACAAAAGAAAGCAAGAGAAAAGCCAAAUAAAAACUUAAAUUUGUUGUUCUAUAGGGUGUUUGUUUGUUAAUUGUUAAUAAUUCUUCAAUUUUUAUUUUGUUUUUAAGAUGGUAACCAAAAUUCAGCAAGCAUUCAAUGCCAAUGAAUGUAGCUUUGCUCUUCCCUCUUCUCUUUAUUGUUAUAGGAUUUGUACAUCUGCAGACACUGUGAAACAACAUUACAGAGAAUGAGUAUGUGAAUCAUGGAGUGUUCCCAAACUAAUUAGAAGAGGCCAUUCUCUCA